UCACUUCUGGACGUCAAUAUGCGGCUCGGUGCGGCGCUGGGAAACAGUCGCUGAAAUGAUGGAAACUAAGUAACCAGCGAAGCCUUUCCUUCAGCGAAGAGCCUCCGCUAUUACCUCCAGGGAAACGCUACAACCGCGUCGAUAAAGAAGGAGCCCCCGCAGACUGACAGCUCCCUGGGUGGUUAUCCCCUGAAGUGGCGGACCGCCUGCCUCAAGCAGCCAUCUUUUGUGAGAGAAUGUACGGGGCGACGCGGUGGGCCUGCUCGGGCUCCGGCUCUGGCCCCGGUCGGAGCUUGUUGAUGCUCACAACCGCGCUGCUGCUCUCGGCCGUCGUGCUGCUCUCCGGGUUGCCGGGUUUCACCGAGGCGAAGGAAUGCGACAAACCGUGUAUGAACGGACAGUGUAACACCGCUACGGGCAGCUGUGUGUGUUUCCCCGGCUGGGUUGGGGACCAAUGCCAGCACUGCGGAGGGCGAUUCAGGCUCACAGGACCGUCCGGUUACCUGACUGAUGGCCCAGGAAACUAUCAGUACAAGACCAAGUGCACCUGGCUUAUCGAGGGACAGCCAAACACUGUUCUGAGAUUACGAUUCAACCACUUUGCCACUGAGUGCAGCUGGGACCAUCUCUACGUUUACGACGGUGACUCCAUUUACGCGCCGCUGCUCGCUGCUUUCAGUGGGUUGAUUGUUCCGGAACGAUACGGGAAUGAGACGGUUCCUGAGGUGGUGUCCCAGUCCGGCUACGCGCUGCUGCACUUCUUCAGUGACGCAGCCUACAACCUGACAGGCUUCAAUAUUUCAUACAGGGUCAACACGUGUCCCAACAACUGCUCCGGCCGCGGCGAGUGCCGGGUGGGGAACUCCACCGCCUCGGUUUACUGCGAGUGUGAAGCCAACUGGAAGGGGGAAGCCUGCGACAUCCCAUACUGCCUGGAUGACUGCGGUUACCCUGAAAGGGGCCGCUGCCAGGGAAAGGGCUGCAUCUGCAAAGCUGGAUGGCAAGGUCCAGACUGCUCCGUCUCGGUUCCCGCCAACUCCUCGUUUUGGAGCCGCGAGGAGCACCUGGAGUCCGGCCUGGCCAGGGCGUCCCACAAGGCCGUGGUGGAGCAGGACGUCAUGUGGGUCAUCGGAGGCUACGUCUUCAACACGUCCGACUACCACAUGGUCAAAGCUUACAAUCUCAGCAGCAAGACCUGGCUGACCCUUGACCCCUCCGUCAACACGGUGACCCCUCGAUACGGCCACUCGCUAGCUCUGCACGAGGGGAAGAUCUACAUGUACGGAGGAAAGAUCGACUCGACCGGGAAUGUGUCGAGCCAGCUGUGGGUUUUCCACAUCCAGAACCAGACCUGGGUCCUCCUCAACCCGCGGUCCAAGGACCAGUACGCUGUGGUGGGACAUUCGGCCCACAUAGUGCUGCCCGCGCAGGAGUGGGACAGUCCCGUCAUGCUGGUCCUGUUCGGACAUUGUCCUCUUUACGGUUACAUCAGCAAUGUGCAGGAGUACAACAUCGUGAAGAACACAUGGAGCGUGGUGAGUACAGACGGAGCGCUGGUCCAAGGCGGCUACGGCCACAGCAGCGUGUUUGACCCCAGCACCAGAGCCAUCUACAUCCACGGAGGCUACAAGGCCUUCAGCGCCAACAAGUACGGRCUGGCGGGAGACUUGUACAAGUUUGACGUGGACAAACGGAAAUGGACCAUUCUGAGAGACAGCGGCUUCUUCCGCUACCUUCACACGGCGGUCAUAGUGAGCGGCGCCAUGCUGGUGUUUGGAGGAAACACGCACAACGACACAUCUAUGAGCCACGGCGCCAAGUGCUUCUCCUCGGACUUCCUGGCCUACAGUUUGGCCUGCGACGAGUGGACGGUGCUGCCCCGACCGGACCUCCACCAUGACGUGAACCGCUUCGGACACUCCGCCGUCUUCAGCGGCAGCGUCAUGUACGUGUUCGGGGGCUUCAACAGCCUGCUGCUGAGCGACAUCCUGACGUACACCUCGCCCAGCUGCUCGGCCUUCUCCAGCCCGUCAUCCUGCAGCCAGGCCUGGCCCGGGAUCCACUGUGUGUGGAACGGCAGCCUGGGGGCGUGCCUGCCGUGGGAGGGCAACAGCUCCAGCGCUGAGCAGCAGCAGCUCCCGGCCUCCUGCAACACCAAAUCAUAUGCCGAUAAUGAGAGGUGUGAGCAGUACACAGACUGCUACAGCUGCACGGCCAACACAAACAGCUGCCAGUGGUGUUCGGGCCAGUGUGUGUCUCUGGGAAGUAACUGUACCGCUGCUACGGGAUCCAUAGCGGAGUAUGACGUUUGCCCCAAAGACAACCCCUCAUAUGUGUGCAAUAAGAAAACCAGCUGCAAGAGCUGCUCUGUGGACCAGAACUGCCAGUGGGACAAUCGCAACCAGGAGUGUAUCUCACUGCCAGAGAACGUGUGCGGCGAGACCUGGCACCUGGUGGGCAACUCCUGCCUGAAGUUCAACACGACCAGCGAGUCGUACGACAACGCCAAGCUGGCCUGCAGGAACCACAACGCCGUCCUGGCCUCCCUCACCACGCAGAAGAAGGUGGACUUUGUCCUGAAGGAGCUGCAGAUCAUGAACGUCAUGUACAAGACAACAAUGACUCCCUGGGUGGGGCUGAGGAAAAUCAACGUGUCCUACUGGUGCUGGGAGGACAUGUCGCCCUUCACCAACACCACCCUGCAGUGGCUUCCCGGUGAGCCGAGCGACGCCGGGUUCUGCGGCUACCUGGCCGAACCGGCCUCCAGCGGGCUGAAAGCGCAGUCCUGCAUCAACCCAGUGAACGGCAGCCUGUGUGAGCGACCCGCGAACCACAGUGCCAAGCAGUGCAAGACCCCCUGUGCCAUGCGGACCACCUGCAGCGAGUGCACCAGCGGCACCUCGGAGUGCAUGUGGUGCAGCAACAUGAAGCAGUGCGUGGACUCCAACGCCUACGUGGCGUCCUUCCCGUUCGGCCAGUGCAUGGAGUGGUACACCCUGAGCAACUGUCCACCUGAAAACUGCUCCGGCUACAGAACAUGCGGCCAGUGUUUGGACCAGCCCGGUUGCGGCUGGUGCACGGACCCCAACAACACGGGGAAAGGCCAGUGCAUCGAGGGUUCCUACCGAGGGCCCUUCCAGACGUUGGUCCCGGCGCCAUCCACCCUGCCCGGUCUGCCCGCCAGCCCCCAUCCCUCCCUGAACUCCAGCAUGUGCCCCAGCGAAGCCAAGUAUAACUGGUCUUUCAUUCACUGCCCAGCCUGUCAGUGUAAUGGCCACAGUCAGUGUGUCAACGAGAGCGUGUGCGAAAAGUGCGAGGACCUGACAACCGGCCGACACUGCGAGAGCUGCAUCUCCGGUUUCUACGGCGAUCCGACCAACGGGGGCAGCUGCCAGCCCUGUAAGUGUAACGGCCAUGCCAGCAUGUGCAACCCCAGCAACGGGAAAUGUUUCUGCACCACCAAAGGCAUCAAAGGAGAUCGAUGCCACAUCUCCGGUGCCAGGGCCGCUGCAGGUGCCUGCGUCAGGGCCGCCACUUCGCCCGUCCGCUCGGAUGAGCUGCAAAGACUCUCAACAGCAGCCAACCGGCGAUCCAUAGCUGCUGUACUUGCUGCAAGGUUUUUGUYCUUGGACACGCUCCUCAUCGACUACCAGUUCACCUUCAGCCUGUCGCAGGAGGACGACCGCUACUACACCGCCAUCAACUUCGUGGCCACACCUGAGGAGCCAAACCGCGAUCUGGACGUGUUCAUAAACGCCUCCAAGAACUUCAACCUGAACAUUACCUGGGCGACCAGCUUCACAGCAGGCACCCAGACCGGAGAGGAGAUUCCCAUCAUCUCACGGUGUAACAUCAAGGAAUUCAAAGACAGUUUUUCCAACGAGAACUUUGAUUUCCGCAACAGUCCGAACAUAACGUUCUUCGUGUACGUCAGCAACUUCACGUGGCCCAUUAAGAUCCAAAUUGCUUUUUCCCAGCACAGCAACUUUAUGGACCUGGUGCAGUUCUUUGUCACGUUCUUCAGCUGCUUCCUGUCGCUGCUGCUGGUGGCUGCCGUGGUGUGGAAAAUCAAACAGAGCUGCUGGGCGUCACGACGACGAGAACAACUGCUGAGGGAGAUGCAGCAGAUGGCCAGUCGGCCUUUUGCCACCAUCAACGUGGCUUUGGAGGUGGACGAAGAGCCACCUGACCUGAUAGGAGGAAACGUCAAGUCCGUUCCAAAACCCAUCGCCCUUGAGCCUUGCUUUGGCAACAAAGCCGCCGUGCUCUCCAUCUUUGUACGGUUACCCAGAGGCUCCGGCGGCAUCCCUCCUCCAGGACAGUCUGGUCUGGCGGUGGCCAGCGCGCUGGUCGACGUCUCCCAGCAGAUGUGCGUGGGCUACAAGGAGAAGUCUGGGGGUCUGAGGAGCCGCAAGCAGCAGCCUUCUGCACAGCCGUCCACCUGCAUCUGAGCCUACCACCACCCUACACCCAACGCUCUUCAUCCCCCCACCCUUCUCCCUCCUCCUCCUCGCUGCUCAGCCUCCCUCCUUCAGAGAUUUCUGCCAGCUCCGCUCUGGCAGGGAGAGGUGCAUGCUGGGACGUAGUACUGGAACAUUUUGAUGAGAUCAGCAGGUUUCCCCCCCCGGCCCCCCUACGCUCUCUCUCUCUCCUCAUACCAGAACUGACUGAGACAAAGAUGGAGGGAUGUCGGGGGGGUUCGGGUGGGGGUGAGAGAGGACCAGAGGAGAAGCUGACUCCGCCCCUUCCUCCACGUUUUACAUUUGUUGACACGGCCUGGACGGAGUGGAGGCGGCUCGCUGCUACAGCUCAUCCUCAGUCUCGUAGUUUCUAAAAAAAAAAAAAAAAAAAACUCCAGAGACUCUGCAACCCUAAAUGUUGAUGUUUUAAUUUAAAUUAUAAUUGUUUUUGUUAUUGUUGUUGUUCUGCUUUUUUUUAUUUUUAUUUUAUUUCACUUUGAAUCGAAGGAACAAACUGGAAAACUCUUAACUACACACUCCAAAAAAGAAAAAAACCCGCAGCUUCCCCAGCUGUGUCAUUACCCAUCUGUAAGCUCCGAGUCGAGGCCGCUGACGGGUCGCCCCGGGCAACGUAACCGCACAUCCAGCAGCCUUCCGGUGGCGACGACCCGCAGUUGGAUGAUUCCCUGCGCGGCCAAAGACUGACGUUUCCAUCCGGAGCCGCCUUCCUGGAACUGGACCGGACAGAGGACAGGAGACGCUCCGUCUGCCUCGGGUCAGCUCAGCAGAGGCCGCCGCCCUGCCAGUCUGCUUCCAACGUUUCACACACGGCGAAACGAAUCAUAUGUACAUCCAUUGGUAGUUUGUGGACAUGAGAAAAUGGCGUCUGAUAAAAAUGUUCUGGCUCUUACAAGCUAACUACAGCGGUGAUGAACAUAAUCGGACCAAUAGUUCUGUCUCUCGAUUGUUCAAAUUAUUGAUCCUGAAUCCUAAAUGCAUUGCUUUGAAUUGGGAUUAGGCUGCUCAGUCAGCUGCUCAGUUAUGUACGGCUUUCCUGUUGACGGACCAGGAUUUAUACGGUACCAGAUCGAUUGGAGCAGAGUGGUCAUCAUGUCUUAUUCUGUUUCUUUGUUGUUGUUUUUCUAUAUGUGCUGAGUGAUUCAUUUUACCCCAACAUUUUAUUUCAGAUUCUUUUUUCAGAAAGUCGUAACGAAAACAACCGUUAAUGUCUAGCUGGAGGCCGUGGCACCAAACUCCACUGAUUCAACCAGCCGCGGUUAAAAACACUACAUUUGUCGAUGAAAAACAUAAAGAUGCUGCUAUGACAAAAAAAAGGUGAACAAUAAAUAAACCAAUAAACAUACUUAAAAAAUGUAAAUUCCUCAAUAAGAGACAACACAUCAUUUAGCACAGCUGUAAGGCUGUAAAACUACCAGCUCUUUCCCCUGACUAAAUUAAAAGAGAAAAAUAGCACUAAUAAAUGUUUAUGCCUACUUUUUAUUUUUUUCAAAGAAUGGAAGAUGAGGGAAUCAAAGGAAUCAGUAAAAUGUCUGCCGAUUGCAGCAAACAACAGCGUAGUUAUUGUUGCGCGAGUCCAUCUGGACGUCGGAUCGUCUGCCGUUUUCACCAGAGUUGCAUCGGUCAGAGGCUUCAGGCCGACUUCCAGUCUACGGUUGUUUUUGUCAAAUAUUUGAUCUGCAAGAUUAAGAUUUUCAGCUUUCCUGAAAUCUGCUGAAUUUGUCUCCCAUGUGCGGUUCACUCAUACGGCAGCUCUACCAAACACCAGCUAUUGUUUUGAAUUUCUGUUUGCAUCAACAAUAGCCUGUAUGAAAAGCACAAAACUGCUAAAUUAAACGUAGCUUUCUGUUGCAGGAGCCUGAGUGAACAAACAGCCUUUAUAUCUGCUUUAUUUGAAAACACCUUACUUUUACUUAAAAUAGACAACUGAGUAUUUUCCCACAGUCGCCAUGUUUCCACCCAAUUUGCAUGCGAAUAUCUAGCAAACAUUUGAAAUGUCGCAAAAAAGAAAAGGGAGAAUGCAAAUUAGGCGUGUUCCAGCUACUGGUUUGGAGGGAAUCAACCAGACUAUGCUAGCCAUAAUUUAAUCUGAUGAUGAUGCUAUGCACAACUGUCAUAAGCAGGAAGUAGCGGCUGCUAGCUAGCACAGACCACACAUCUCAGAAAAAUGUGCGGUCCUUACCUCCUAGGUGAAGGUUCAGAUUUUAAAAUUCUUCCAAGUUUUGUGCUUCUGGUAAGAUCCAGGCCCAGCAGUGGAUGGGAAAGUUUAAUAUGUUAGAACUUAUUCGUCAAAUCUGUUUCCAUCUCCACUUUUAGCGCAUUAACUCUUUUUUGGAAAACCCAUGUAUUGUGGGCUUUCCGAUAAAUGCUAGUUUGAAUGUUCCUGAGUUUUUUUGCAAAACCCAGAGAGGUUUUCCGAAUUUUGCCGUUUCCAUCCACCGUUUCUAAUGCGAUUAAAAAAAACUGUAAUGAAAACACGGCUAGCAAAAACACAGUUUUUUUAGUUGUUGCUGCCAAGUAGCAUUUCACGGAACUGGAAAGGACCUGAUUUUUUUUACUUUUGACUGACCAGUCGCCCAUCCAGCUGCAUUCUGGUCCUGAGACAAUAUAUUUUUUGUACCACAUCUCCACUUUUUUUAAUUUAUUUAUUUUUUUACCUUCAUCUCCAUUGUCAUUCUCAGUUUCUUCCUUGACGGUCAUCUUUUCCGCAGCCACAACACCUGCAGGGUUCUGACAGAGACAUAAUUCAAUAGAAUAAAUCCCCCCUCCCCUCCGACGCCUCACAAGGUUAUUAACUUCCCGCCCUCUGAAAAGUGCCGUUAUGGAACAGUUUAAUAACCUGCGUUGUGCCCUAAAGAGCUUGUUGUGUUUGGUUGUGAGCUCUCCCAUGUGCUCGGUGCCGUAGAACUGCGCAGCGUCGAUCCGGUCGGUUAAAGGGCACACUUUUAGCAGCGGGAAAAGGUCAGAGCAGAAAGCAUGAACAAAGUUGACAUUCUGUAAUUAUAAAGCACCCCACAACUCCACUCAGCAACUCCAGCAGUCACCUCAGCAUUAAGAAGUCAACACUACAUCUGCUGCUUUUGCUUUUUUUUUUUUUUUUUCCCCCCCUCUUCACUCAUCAUGUCCAUCUAAGCUAAUUUUUUUUGCGUUUAUUACAGCAUUAGAAACUACUGUUUAAAUCUGCUGCUUCUGCUGAAGUGUGUUUUUAAAAGUUUCUCAACAUCACACACACACACACACACAAAAAGCAGAAGUUAUAAAAUGCGUGUUACUGUUGGAUCUUUUUUUUCCACCAUCUUUAAGAAAACAAAGGCCUGCCAUCCAGUGCUUUGCUGCACUGGAUGUUUAGCAUCAGAGUCUGCAAAGUCAUUCGAAAAUGUCGCCGCUUUCUCGCUUUUCACAAACUGAUUUGCAAAUUAAAGAUUAAUCAUUUAUUACAAACCGGAAAAAAGAAAAAAAACAUUCAGUAGUUUGUCCGGGAAUAGAUGGCGACCAGAAUAAAGAUAACCUGUGGUUAACGUCACGACAUGACAAACAUGAAAAAAAAAAACAUUAAAAAAAGUUACAUGAUGCAGGUUUAAUAAAGAAAUGCGGGGUUGACGUCAUCGUCAUGGUAACCUGCGGUUACCAUGAGGAUGGCUGAUGUCCUGCUGACACUAAGAUGUCUGACCUCUGUCUGGCUUUUGCAGCUUUAGCAGGACUUUGAGUCCAACAGCAGCAGCGUUUCAUGUUUUAUUCACUUCAGCACCAUCACCAUCGGUAACAGCCAUUAAAUUACAAACCACACUUAUGUUUUUUGUUUUUUCACAAACAUCACCUACUUUAUUUAUUAUGAAGUAAAACAACUACAAAGUGUCUCUUUUUUAACUCCUAAAUGAUUGUACAACUAAAUGAAAUGUUCUUAGCAGUCUCAGGUUUUAGGAUAGCUGAGCAGAGCCGGUCUGAAGUGACCCACUGAUUGGUUUUGGAGUCGUGUUUCUUGACAUUGAUGAAACCUAGAAGCAUCAAAUAUGACCUCAGAUUUACCGUCAGCUGCUGUGUUGCCUCAGUGUUCGGAUGCAUUGCGAGAAAAUAGGGGAAUGUAAAUGAAAUAUUGCAAUUUCAGCACUUGUCUUGGACAUGUCACUUCCAACUCUUUUUUUUUUUUUUUUUCUUGCUGAGUAAGCGGUCUGUACAGGAACAUGUAGGUGGAAACAACCUGCUGGACUUAGACCUGGAGAGCAGUGCUGGUCAAUUUCAUCGUAAAUUAGGAUUACUGAAGCAUUUUGACUAGCUAAUAUUAAUCACAGCAAAACAAGUCCAGACACUGAUUCAGUUGGCCUGUUUUUGUUGUUUUUUGCCAACUCAUGAAAAGUUUUUUUUGUUUUUUUCGUAACAUGGAGCAGUUUUACCUCAACUCUUCCAUCUUAUUCAAGUCUGUUGGAAUGUCAGAUUUCUUCCAUGUUUUCAAAAAAUACUCAUUUUGGUUCAAUGCCAACAGGUACAGUGUUAAAUUAUUGAUAUUAACAACAAACAAAAACAGAAACAUGCAGACUAUAGACGUGUUUGUUGCUCUUCUCAAAUGAUCAAUUUCCAGUUUUUUUGCUUUUUCCGAUACUUCCUCCAGCCAACCAGGCGCUAACCUGUUGGAGCAAAUUUAAACCAAAAAUCGUCCAGAUUCCCCAACAGUCGAUUCCUUGGUUCGUCCCAACUGCACCUUCAGAACAAUGUUCAGUGGACUGAAGGGUUCCACCAGUAGACCAGAGGAUGGUAUUUAUGUGGACCAGCUGGAGGGAAUGGCAUGUGUCUGUCCAGCUGGCAAGGCUUUUUUUUUUUUUUUCGUUUUUUAUGUUGCUUUUAGUUUAAAACUGAAAACUGCACGUUGCUUUUUGUACAACAUUGCGAACCCGGCCCACAUCUUACCAAUGGAUUUGUUUUAAAUAUUGCAUGGGGGAAUGGCACAGUGAGUGCAAGGGGAGACUUUUUGCAGCUACUAAAACAGAUUCCCCACACAAGUUCUUACCUUGCCGUGAUGUGCUGGCCGAUGAGAGUUGUGAAUAUCUUUUUUGUUUAUGAGUUAGUAUCACAGGAAGAUGUUUUAGCUUCAUUUUAUUCGUUUCCUUGCCAACUCAGACAUCACCAGUUUAACAAAUCAGAUCUAAAGAGCACAAAACAUCCCCUGGUAUCUGUAAGACUUCAGUCUCUUGACCUUCUCCCUCUGAGUCUCGCACAUGGAAGCUCAGCCCCGACCGAAAACAUGAACUUUACUGUCCGAGCGCUUCCCGAUGUCGCGUUAAAGGACUUCCCCCGGUCCUAAAGUUCAGAUUUUCCACACGAUUACCUCCCGCCACCCGAGUGUGAAGUGGCCCCCGAGCUGCUCUAAAUAUCCGAAGGGAUGGAUGCAGUGUGUGUGUGUGUGUGUGUGAGUUUGGGGGUUGGGGGACGUGUAGGAACCUUGUACGCUGUCACCUCGGUGCUUGCGUGAAGAAAUGGGCAGCUUCCUCCAAUCGAUCUCACUUACCGAGCCUCAAACUCUGCCAGGUAACUCUCUCACCUCUACAUCGGCCUUACUUCCGCUCACUAAUCUCUUGUGUUUUCCUCUUGAAGUGUACAAAUAUUUAUAAAUCGUCAUGGAAAUAAUGUCUAAUUUUAACAGUACAAGUAGAUUUAUUUUUGUCAAACACUGGCAGCAUUAAUGCGUAUUUAAAAAGCUUCGAUGCACAGGUUUAAAGCAUCCCAAUAGGGUCAUUGUAAAAUCAGGCAUUACCCUCUUCUCUCUCUCUCUCUGUCUCUUUGUAUAGCGGCAUUAUAUAUAUUGAGGAAGUAGUUUGUUAAUAUGUAUAAUUUAGCAGUUGCUGUUCUUUAUUUGUAAAUAAUGAGAAAGUAUUGUGAAUGGCUUUUGAAUGAGUUUUCAAUUCAUUUAAGGCAAAUUCCAUUCAGGCUUUUAAACAUGUGAUUACAGCACAUUAGCAUAUUUUGUAUGUCAGACGGCACUGUAAGGCAAACCAGCAUCACUAAAAGCUGAUGAACAUGUAAAACUUGAGAAUGGCUUACUGACCUUGUAAUUACUGAUGUACAUAAAAGAAUGACAGAACAUUUUGUCUAUUAUUAAAUGUGAAAAUUUCACCCA